AUGGCUUAUCCUUUACCCUCAACGCCAAUUUUUUCACCUUCUUCUUCCACGUUCAUCUCUCAAGAGGAAUUCAAUUUAUUCCACAAAAUCGACAGACAACUGUACACCAUACUCACCAUCAACAUUGGCAGAGACCCCAUUGAAGCUCUGCAAAUAAUGGCGUUUUGGCUAUGGCUCGAACGAGCCGGUUUUCACAACACCGUUUACCGAAUGCUCAAAUUGCCACUCAAUUUUAUCAACGACCUUGCCAAGGAAGCCGUCGCCGCUCUCGCCUGCAUUGCCUCCGACCACCCACCGCCGUCCUCGGAUGACCACAGCAAUAAUAUUCCUCUCACACAAAAUUUCAUGACCAAGGAAAUUUCUCUCCAGAUUCUCUAUGCCAACCGGACGGCGGCCGUUGAAGCGGUGGCUAAAAUUCAGAACGAGGUCUGUUUUAGAGCUAUGACAGAUAUUAUGAUCACAGCCAUUAAUCAACGACAACUCACAGCGGUGGCGGCCGUCGGUACCCCGUUGCCGCCUCAGCCGCCUUCUUUUCAUAUAGCCAUUGAUAGUAGAGAUUGGGUACCGCCAGAUGAAAGAUCAAUUUUUGUAACGUUUUCCAAGGGGUAUCCGGUGAAUGAGAGGGAGGUCCGAGAAUUUUUCACCGUGAACUAUGGCGAUUGCAUAGAAAUGUUUCAAAUGCAAGAAGUAGAGCCGAACCAACAAGCACUGUUUGCUCGUAUAGUGUUUUGGUCAGCCGCUACUAUAGACCACGUUCUUCAAGGACAGCCCAAAAUGAAGCAUACUAUCAAUGGAAAGCAUAUAUGGGCUCGGAAGUUUAUUCCAAAACCGCCCCUAGCCCCGUCUUUGCCUCUGCUCCGACGUAGGUCAAUUUGA